UGGUGUAAUCGUGUUUGAACUACUAGAAAGAUAACAGAGUUAUUUGGAUGUACGCUGUUAAAAGUUUGAUGUGUGGAAAAUGGUGUGAAAUGGCUUCCAAGUGCAGCCAGCCAUGCCAUGCCAGGCUGAUUGCAGUGCAGCGUGUCAGCUGACUUGGAUGUUUUCACAGUCAGCUUUGUAUUGAAGAUGUAGUCUUGUGAAAAUCGGCUGCAGCACUCAGGUUAGCUCUGGGCUGGGGGUCAUCCAGCUGCUUCAUUUAUCAUUUUCUUCUGACAACAGUGUCCUACAAUCAGGCCGGCGCUGGGUCAAGGCAUUUGGUCUACUUGGGAUCACUUAAACUUCACUGACUCUGUUUCUUUAAUAUUGAAUUUACUUUGCCAACCAGGACAAAGGCAACCAAUCAUCAUUACUCCAUACUAGAGUGUGAAAGUGUCUGCAUCAUCAUUAAUCCAUCAUGUGUACCAUCUUUCACUCGCUGACUUGCUCGGUUGCCACUGGACAUCCAGAGCUGGUCGCACAGGUCGGCUCCCAGAUGUGGGUGCAUGUCAGUUAAACCCCUUCCUUAUAAAAGUGGAAAAAAAGUUUGGACCCCAUGAGGUCAGGCUUGAACACUUUGCCAUCAGUGAGUGGAUCUCUGGCCCGGUCACACCUCCGAACGAGGGAUCCCUCGGAGUGCAGCAUGUCACAGUUGGCACAGGAAGGCCUGAGCCCAGCACAUUUAAUUAGCCAAGCUGUCUUGGCAUUGGAUGGGAGGGGGGACACACACACAGUGACGAGUCAUCAACAUCACCAAGGGCGCGGUGCUUGCUCGCUUGCUGUACUGCACAUCUAAAAAAACUUAACGGGAUGUGGAGGGGGGAAAGAGACGCAUGGGCCUUUAUGUGGAAAAUCAGUCAGUGGGAGAUGAAACGAGUAAUGCAGCAAAAAAAAUGAGGCAUGAGCACUGACUGACCUUUCCUUACAUGAGGUGUGUUCCUGUCCAGGAUUGAAUGCAGGAGGAGAAUAACACAGACCUCCCUGCUCCACAUGUCUGUAGUUAUCAUUCAAGUCAAUAUGUCAGAUCGAAUGAGAGAAAGAGAGAGAGAGAAAGAGAGAGAGAGAGAGAUGACUGUUGCUAUGAAAAAAAAAGCAAAGUUAGGAGAAACAGUUUGGGAGAAACCAUUCUGACAUCCCCUCUCUGUAAGCUUGCCUGCAUGUUGAGGAGCCCACCCCACCUCAGCCUGUAGUGAGGAGAGCCCAGUCCAGGCAGCCAGCAACCAGCGCGUCUCUGCCUACCAAUAGGCAUGCUCGGCUCAGGCUUCUGUGCAGUGCUCUCAGUCUCAGCAGCUAAAGCUGGGCGCAGGGGAACUGCGACGGCCGCGCCAAGCAUCUUCCCAGUGAUGGCCUCUGCUGAGCAACCGUGCUCCAGCUUCCACCAGCAGCACUGCGCAUAAGGCAACACACCCACCUUUGCCCUCCUGCCCAGAAGUGAGAGAGAGACACCACCAUGUACAGCGUGGAGGACCUCCUCAUUUCGCACGGAUAUAAAUUGCCCAAGAGCGGCCCUCCGUCUGCCACGCCUUAUGACAAGCGCCCUGCUGAUUGCCAGCGUGAACUUGUGGACAACAGGGCUGGCCGGGGGACACUGAACGGGUAUGAGGCGGACCGGGGGACAUCUAUCACAGGCAUCUAUGGCAGCAGACAGGCGCUGGUGAAGGGCUACCCCGCCACAGACAACGAGAUUGGGGAAAGGAACCAAAGGAGAAAAGAAGCCGGUAUCGGUAUCCUAGGUGACGCUCAGCCCUUGGGUGAUUCUCUUGCCACAGAUAGUGGGUUCUACGAUGUUCCCAGUUUGACUUAUUCAGAGCCACUGAGCUAUGACGAGAGGGAUGUUUCCUACUGGCGGAGACGAGGCCAGGACUUCAGCAUCCUUCUGGACUAUGCUGAUGGCAGGGAGCUGAGGGCCUCUGCUGGUGCAUGGAGGCCUCAGGCCCUGAUUGCAGCAGAGGAACACAGAGCAGAGAGGCAAGCGCAGCAGCUAUGGGAGGACAUUUCCUGGCUAAGGGACCUGGACGCAGCCCCUGGUCAGCUAAGGGUGACUGGGGAAAGAAAGUGCCAGAGCCUCGGUACAGAGGAGUGGAGGCCUGCUGUGGGCCUGGGAAGGCAGCUGUCGGAUGGGGAUGGGGAAAGGUGGGCUCAUGACCAGUACCGCCUGAGGACACCGGAGGGUUUUUUUCACCCGAGAACUAAAGCAAAGUCUCAGUCUCUCCCCAGAGUUUUGUCACCUGAUAGAAGUAGUGGCAGAGAGCUCAUUCCAUCUAGGCCUAGCCUACCUGAUAGACAGAGGUUAAACAGUACUGUCUUCUCUGGGCCCUAUAGUAGGUAUAUCUAUAGUGGUGCUCUUGUCAGGGACCGGUGGGGUAGGAAUGCUGGGCCAAGCAGCCAUGUUGCACUUUUACCAAAGCCCAGGUUCAGCAGGCCUUUAAAGCCUCCGUCAUAUGAGAUUCACCAGCAGACUAGGGGUAGCGCAGAAAUGCUUGCUAUUGAACAGGGUGCCAAACAAAAAGAAAGGCCUAUCUAUUAUCCAAGCAGAGGGGAGCUGAGACACGACUAUUUCGCACAACACUCUGCCAUCACUGGAAUGGAGCCCCCUGGCUACAUACCACCCCCGUCUUAUAAAAGAGCCCUACCCCCAAGAGCAGUUUCAAUGAACCGCAAUGAAAUGGCAAACCUAAGAUGGAGGGCGGAAGCUCUGCAGAUGCCCCACUCAGAUCCCGGAAGGUGGUUUUCCAGACAGGCAAGUUGUUCAUGGCUGGAACAUUAUGGAGAACGUGCUGCAUCCUAUCGAAAACAGGUAUAUUCUGGACAUGAGGAACAACAACAAAUACAACAGAUACAACAAAUACAACAAAUACAACAAAUACAACAACAGCAACCAAGUCAUGUCCGUCAGUUACCCACUGAAGACCCAAGAGUGAAGUCAAUCUCAGGAGGGCCUAGCGGAAGUUUUCUCACUGACUCAGACAAGAUCCGUAACAUCAACAAAGAGACUCCACCCGCUAAGAUUUUAGGACAAUCUACACAUGACAGUGCCUUUCCUCCCCAACAGGGGUCAGCUCCCAAUACCGAUGGCCGCAAAACAGCUCUCAAUGAUACGAUCGAAACCAGUAGUAGUAAUCGAUGGUGCAACAGGGGACUAAACAAAAAAAGUGACAGUAUAUCUUCUAGUCAGUUUUUUCCUUCAUCUAUUCUGGGUAAACCACCACCUCCCCCAAUCAAGCCGGCUGACCAGGGUGUCUCUGAAACUGUGACAGAAGUAAAAAAGGUGGAACCGCCUGAGCCACCAGAGAAAGACAAAUCCAAGAAUCUAAAAAAGAGACUUAGCGAGACAAUUUUUUGUUUGGUGUCUGUCCCUGUUACCCCGCAGCUCACUGGGACAAUCCGUGAUCAGAAUAACAACAAUGAGAAGUCACCAGACCCAGCGGACAGUCCCAGUGACAACAAAACUGGCCAUUUAACAAACCAAAGUCUCCAAAGCACAUCUUCAGCUGAAGCUGAGCUGCAAGCACUAACUGGUAGCAUAGCGAGCAGCAAAGCAAGCAGUAGAGCAAGCAGCAAAAUGUUUAAAAGAGUACCCUGUAGACCCCCUAAGAUAAACCAUUACAAGGAGAUGAAACUGUCGGGAACCUGGCCUGCAAACCAGUAUCGAGACCAGGAGACACAAACUAGCCCAGAGGCUCGAAAACCUGCCCCUGAAAACAAGGAAGCACAACAAGACCCUGCCACUCCCGGCACUGAAGUCCCUCCUGAUAGCGGCGGUGUAGUGGGCACUGCUUUUACUUUUCCUAUAAAGGGAGUGAAGAGCCUGAAACUGUCAAGCAACAGCGCCUUCUCCCUGACAUCCACCUUCUCCAACCAGCUGAACAAGAGCACAGCUCAGCAGCCAGCAGUACCACCCUCAGGAAAUGCAGAGGAGACUAAACCAGCAGCAAAUAGCGGGCAGGAUGCAUAUGAACAGUUCCUGCUGAAACCGUCCAGUCAGCGACCAUGGGAUGCUGUCAAGGAGCUGGAGUCCAUCAAAAAAGAAGUCCAGGAUCAACAGCAGCAGAGCAGCAAACAGCCCAGUGUUGACAAGUGCAUAGAGGACCUCAAUGAGGCCUACAAAGACAUCUUGGAGCUAGGCACUGCCAGCAAUAAAGUCCCAAAUGGUUCUGUUCAAAUUCCUGAGCGUAUUAAAAUCCGAUUGACAUCAGAACCACUCAACAAGCCCAGCAGCCUUAGGCGCAGUGCAGUAAGCUGGUCUGUUGACCCAGAAUACAGGGAAGUCAAGAGCGCCUUUUCCAGACCUGCAACAAAAUCGGUAACCUUCAGCAAGCAGCUUAGGGAGGAGCUCCCCGUCCCACCUCGGGAGACAGGCUUCAGAGAAUACAGGGUUGUUGCGCAUCUUUCGCGAAGACGAAGCAACGAUGGCAGGACAGUUAAACUAGACCUGCCAGAUGAGCCUAUCGAGACGCCACUUUGUGACUUCAGUCCAACAACGAACACUGCAGCAGCUGAGGUGCCGUGGGCAGAUAGGCAGCCCAUGCAGGACGCCUCUACGCUCACCAGUCCUCCUGAUUAUGAGGACAUAUGCCAGACUUUGCGUCAGACUCGUGACCCGGCAGAUGUCAAUAAAUCAGGCAGUUUUAAACCCAAUGACGGAGAGAAUCUUCAAGACCCCAAUGUUGAUUCAGAGGAGGAGUGCCCUAUUUGUAAAAGAGAACUUGAGAAUCAGAUGAGACAGGGUCCAUUGCCUCCACUCCACGAGGAGAACAGCUCGGACAGCUCGGCCAAUCAAAAUGGCAGUCCACCACAACGCGCUGCGUUAGAAAGUCCAGCAGAAGAGACAAAAAAAGAGGAGUCAAAUGACUCAAAUUCGAAUCAGUCAGGGUCUGGCCUGUGUGCCGAAACAAGGGAGCAGCAUUCAUCGACAGAGGAAAAUGUGGGAGGGGGUGAAAAAACAGACAAUGCUCAGGCAGAAAACUUGGACAAUUUGUGCACAGUUAAUCCUGCUGAGAGCAUACCAGGGGAUGGAGCUACAGAGGAGAGUGCACCCACAGUAUUAACAACUGAUGUGCCUGUAGACCCCAAAGACACAGAGGAACAGAGUGGUAGUGAAACAGCAACUAAGGAAGUAGUAGAGUUGGAAAAGAAGGAAGCCAUUUCAGGAGAAACACCUGAAGGCAGUGCAGACAAACAGACAGCUGAGGUGAAAAGUGAGUGUGAGGGACAAGACAGUACAAUGCCCGAUGACAAGCAGGAGCAAGAAAAGAAGCCAUUUGCUGCUGCAGAGCAUAGACUUAGUUUACGGACUCAUCUGGGGCGAGACCACCCAGACUUUCCAGAGUUUCCGCCAGAUAGACUGCCACUUUCAGUCCCCCCGAAUUUAGACCGCAGGCUGUCUCUUAGCUUGGAGGGGGAGAGGAGGAGCAGGGGCCCCGCCCAGCGAAUGGAAGCCCUGCAGAACAAGCUCGCGAUUUCUCCAGGCCGGGUGGCAGUCGAGCGCCUGGCCCGGAUGAGGGAGGUGGACGUUAUGUAUCGUAUGAGGCGCCUCAGCAUCAGGAGUACUGACUCUGGGGAGGGGGAGGCAGAGACAGAAGGGGAGGGCAAGGACGAACAAGCAGAGGUGCCCCUUCCUGCUCCUCAGAGAGACGAGGAGAACGAUCAAGAGGUCACCCAUUCACAGCAGGUCUCUGAGCAGACAGUGUUGAAAGAUGAGGAGGAGUCAUCUCUCUCAGAACCCCAUGAUCCCAGCCGAGUGGAGACAGUGUAGAAAGACUUCUGCGUCCAUCAUCUCCAUCUGAGGUUUUUAGCUCCAACACUGUGACCUGGCUGCCUACUAGAAUGCCUUCAUCUCAUCUUGACACUGAAAUGGCCUUCUUGUCCGACAAGAGCAUUGUGUACACCCUCACCCUCGGCGCUGCGUUGACUACUAAGAGUGCUGUUCCACUGCCAAAGGGAGGUGCCCCCUUUAACUUGUGGGGCAACUUCCACCCUGAAUCCCUCCCCAGCCUUUCCAAACUGACUUCCCACUACCCCCAUCUGUCCUCCAUCCCCAAGCCCAUCCUCUUAGAGGGUUCCUACUAGUUAGUCUUCUUGUAGCGGCUUGUCCUUUCUAUUCUAUCCUCCCUAUGCUUUUCUCAUUGGCAGACAUUAUGCAAUUCUGUCGUGCAUACUAGAACUUCUGAAAUGUCCAUAGUGAAUACAGUUGAGACAUUUUUUCGCGUACUGAACGAAUCUCGUUUGUUGUUUACGGAUGAGAUGUUAAGGAUAUGAAUGUAAGCAUUUAUGUUUAAGCUAACGUAGAUCUAGAAAGGGUUAUUGUCACAAACCUGUUCUGUUGCAUUUAAACUACACCAAAAUAAACUGCGCAUCUGAUUGUCGUGGUGAGGCGACAGCUGUUUUAGAACUGGACAUCACUGUCUCUGGCUCAAGAACUGUUUUGAUUUUCAGAUGAGAUCAAUCAGCCUUUCUUUUUUUUUAAAAAUCCAAUGACAUUGUGCCCUGUCUCAUCGCUUUUGUACACACUGCAACCAUAACCCAUAGAGCUCUUCAAUGAAGAGUGACUCUGCACCACACGACAUGAUAGAUCAGUGACCUAUUAUACGAUACAUUGGUUCUACACUGGAGAGGGAGAGUUGCCUUCUUUAACCAGAUAGUCGGCCCCCCGAAUCAAUCCGAUGUAUAGCUCCCAUUUCCAGGUAAUUUCAGGAAGCAAUAAAGGCACGGAUUGAGUUGAAGAGGUGAUCGGCAACUUUGAUUACAAAAAAAAUAAAUAA